UAUUCUUCCAGGCCCGUUCAGAUUGACAUAUUGCACCUCUGUCUCAACGGGCUCCAUUAGUUGCUUGUGGUGUUUUGAAAUCCUGACGAGGACAAAAAUCGAUCAGAUCGAUCAGAGCAAGACAGAACUCCAGGCGUCGUUAUCCGUUCACUUGUGACUGCUCCAUCCAAAUUAACACACCUGGUUGUUUUUCUAUCCAAUUUUAUACCCAACCCAUGAUGAAGGGCUGGGUCGCCGUCUUUGGUAUUUUUGCCGUCUCAGCUACUUGUUUCACCCCACUGGGUGCGCAAAACACAACUGGCAUCGGGAGUUUCCUGAGGUCGUUCGUAAACCGGGAAAAUAUCGUUGGAGUCCUGAAUAGUAUCCAAGGAGAUCUGUCGCCCCAACUGAAAGCAAUUUUCCAGCAAAUAGACACAGAUGCCAUUGCCACUCAGCUGCUCAACCAAACGGAUAGGAUUUUUGCGGAGCUGGACCGCAGUAAUUUCACCUUGUCCAACCUGGCUGCCUUACCCGCGGCACUUAGUCAAAUCUUCGCUCCCGCUGGAAACAAUGGCAACGCUGCCCAGAACGCGAGCGUCCAGAACUUUCUACAGAACAUAUUGGGGGCACAAGCGCCAAACAUCGACACUUACAGACCUCUGAUGCAGGAAGCGCUGCCUUUGCUUCUGGAUCAGGUCCCUGGCAUGCAGUUGGUCCAGGGUCAGUGCAAGAAAGACAUUGGCUUGUUACUUGAGGGUCUGCUUACUGGACAGGCGUGGGCUAUGAACAUGUUUGACUCGUAUGGCAAGCCACCUGCUGGGAUAUUGUACGGAAACCUCAAGUGGCUUGGACAGUACGAUGAAUGUAUGCGAGUGGAGGCCACCAUUCCAAAGGUUGGCUUGCAGAAAAUCGACCAGCACUUCAAGGGGGAGUAUUGCAAAGCUUAUAUCAAAUUUCCAAGCGGAGUGGCUGCAGGAGCUGGAGGGAAUGCCGCAUUGUUGAUGGGAGGCGAUCAAUUCAUUCAGCUAGGGACGUGUUUUCCAGACUCUUGCACAUCAGCUGAUAUCACAAUGUUCGGCCAAGGUACCACUUUAAUGGGAAAUACUACUUUCCCAGGCGCCCAAUGUGAAAAGUCCAAAGUUCCCAAACUAAGCGAAGAUCCAAAGGCAAUAGCAUGCAUAGCCGUCGUCUCCGUUUUUGCGUUCUUUCUCGUGGUUGGUACUUUGAUAGAAGGUUUCGGAAUAGACAAAAUAGUAACCCCAGCAAAACGCUCACAUCAGAUUGAAAACUACGUGAACGGCUUCAGUAAUGGUGGGUUCGUCAUGGAUACGGUGGUGCCACUGAAAGAAAAGAAUGGGCACAUACCAAACGGAAACGACAGUCACGUGCAAGAUGUCAACACUAAAAGCAAUGGUGAAGCGGUUGGGAACGGCGUGAGUGUGAACGACGUGGUGGUCUCUGAAAAGACGAGAGUUGAAGAACCACAAGCUCCCGCUCUCGUCCGCCUGUUCACGGCCUUCUCUCUGUACACCACUCUCCCCAGACUACUGAGCACUCACCAAGGAAGUGCCGCCAUUACCUGCCUCAAUGGCAUCCGGGUUAUGAGCAUCGGAUGGGUUGUGCUGGGGCACACGUAUUCUUUUGGACUGGGCAAUGUCGAUAACAUUGUCUUUGCCUUUGAGGAAACGAAGAGGUUUUCAUUCACCGCAGUAGGCAAUGCCUUCUUUUCUGUUGAUUCGUUCUUCUUAUUGAGUGGUGUCCUUGCGGCAUAUUUGUUCCUGAGACAACUACGCAGAGAAAACGGCAUCAGACCGAAGACCAUGAUCAUGUAUUACGUACACAGAAUUAUCCGGCUGUCACCUCUGUAUUAUAUGCUGACGUUUAUCUAUGCCACGCUGACCAUAUACAUGGGAAGUGGGCCGAUGUGGAACGGUAAACUCCCCGAUGGUGAAUUCUGUGCCAACAACUGGUGGACUAACCUCCUGUAUUUGAACAACGUUAUCAAUAAUAGAGAACAGUGUUUCGCCCUAAGUUGGUACAUUGCAAAUGAUUUCCAGUUUUACGUGGUUGCUCCAUUAUUCCUGAUCCCACUGUAUUUGAAGCCCUUGAUCGGAGUCCUGCUCCUGCUGUUGGGUUUUGUGGGGUAUGGCCUGGCGGCGGCAUUCACAUUGGCCGGAAUGGAAGGAGGCGUGCACCUGUUUGGCAAUCCAAAUUUCUUCGCCGACUAUUACAUCAUUCCAUGGUGCCGUAUUGGCCCAUACUUGGUCGGCCUCAUGGUUGGAUUUAUACUGUACAAGACAGAUCUUAAGAUUAAAUUCAAUAAGUUCCUGGCUGCCCUGUGUUGGCUGGUGUCGCUAGGGGUCAUCUUCAUGGUGGUUUACGUCAGACACGACGAGACUCAGAAUGGCCCCUGGGAGAAAGACGCCGUCAUCGCCUACGAGGUGAUCAGCAGACCGCUCUGGGCGCUUGCCUUGGGCUGGGUCAUCAUAGCCUGCGCCACUGGAUAUGGUGGAUUCAUCAACACUAUCCUGUCCUACCAGGCCUGGGUUCCACUGGGGCGGCUUACCUUUGCUGUGUAUUUUGUACACGUCUUCAUUAUCACGAUAUACCAGAGUACUCGUAUUAAUGAUAUCACCAUCUCUGACUUUACAGUGGCUAUCCUGUUUACGGCCUACAUCACGCUGUCGUACGUAGCAGCCCUGGUGGCGUCUUUGCUCUUUGAAGCGCCGAUACUCGGCCUGGAGAAAAUGAUCCUGAGAAAGUAGUCCCUUCGACACGAGGCAAAAACGGAUUUUAAUAAAACUGUUGUUCUUCUGUUUAGUUUUUCUCAAAUCUUUUUUUUUUUACCUUGGUUGCACACGAUGUACAGCUCUUGUGAAGUAAAAGUGUCUGAUACAGGUAGUUAAAUGUGCGAGUACCAGUAUAUGUAUGCGGAAAACUUAUUGUUAUAUAGGCCUACCGUUAAUGCCACAAAAGAUAACGUAUCUACCACAAAGCAGAAUGAGGACUACUGGGUAUCUUUAAGCAAAAUACAUCUAUUGUAAUUUGCAAGAACCAAAAGGACUACCUAGUUUCAUUUUUCUUGUGAUCAAAAUGUAUUUGCAUUUAAUCUCACUAAUAUAUAUUUAAUUCAGUUAAGUAGUAUUCCAAGUAGUAAUACUCACGUAGAGUAGUAUAUAGAUAAAUAUUUAAGCGCAUGAAUUAAAGGAUCACAUUAAAAAGGGAUGAAUACACGGUACCCUAAAAUUGUUCUCUCUCUUUACCCGUUACUCAUCUAUGUUGUUUGAUUUAGAAGAUUGUUGACAAAGAUACAAAUCUAAAGGAUUUAUUAAAGAAAAUAACAUCAAAACGAGAAAAUAAGAAAACAUGCAUGUUCUCAAAAACCUAAAUUAUAUAAGUU